CAAACAAGAUGGAUACGUACAUUUGACAGGAGAUCUGCCUACCCUUCUAACAUUCCUAUUGACACCACAGAAACAAAAUGGCAGAGAAACCCGUCAUCGCAGAUUUAGACAGUAAUGGAAGCGACGAAACGGUCGGACAGGACGAAGCAGAGAUAGCCUUGAACGGCAUGCACAUGCUGUUGAAUAACGGGUUUGACGAGGCACAAGCACUGUUCGAGAGAUACAAAAAUGAGAGUGCCCUGAUGCAUGCUGGCUAUAGUUUUGUCUACUUCAUGCAAGCAUUAAUGUCAUUCGAAGAAGAACGAAUAGAUGAGGCAGUCAAAGUUUUACAGGAAACAGAGAAGGCAUGCAACACAGAUUCCGGCAUCUUCAAAUCACUGAGGAAAAAAUUAAGAUCCAAGAAAAAGAAAGAGUCGGAGCAGCAGGUGAGUGUAGAGGAACGUAUCCAGCGUCAGGUUGUGGUAGCUGACUCGCUACUGUACCAGUCCAUCUUAGUAAUGACUAGCCAGGACAUCGCCGGCUACAUGAAGGGUGGCUGGCAUCUGCGCAGGGCAUGGAAAAUUUAUGAGAAACUCCACAAGGAGGUGAUCAGUCUACAGGAAAAGCAAGCCAAACUCAAACACAGUCGGUCAAAAAAUAGUCUUCCCCAAAAUCGUGUGAACGCCACUCAGGAAGGGGCUUACGAUGACAAUGAAAAUGAACUCCCAGAGGAGGUUUUGUCCCGUCUUUUGGGGGCUGUUAACUUUGGAUUUGGAACAUUCCAGCUGUGUAUAUCCAUGGUCCCGCCUAAAAUUCUAAAAUUGAUCGAGUUUCUGGGAUUUGAGGGUGACCGUGUAGCGGGACUGGCAGCGUUGGAUCAUACUAGUCGUAGUAAGGACAUGAAAGCACCCCUAGCAACACUUGGGUUGCUAUGGUAUCACACUGUGUUACGACCUUUCUUUGCAUUGGAUGGGGCUAAUGACUGCAGUGCUGGCACAGAAGAUGCGGAACAAAUCAUUGACAGUAAGGAGCGUGAGUUUGAGCAUUCCUCGCUGUUUCUCUUCUUCAGAGGCCGUAUAUGUAAAUUACGGCGGAAGUCAGAUGAAGCUAUGACAAUGUAUUCUCAGGCAUUAGAGGCCGCUGCUGGUCAGAGGGAGAUUGAACUCAUGUGUCAGUAUGAAAUAGGUUGGUGCAAUUUGAUGAAGCUCAACUACAGUGAAUGCCUCAACAACUUCAAACGGUUGAAGGAUGAAACCAAGUGGUCAAAAUGUUACUAUACAUAUCUCAUGGGAGUAUGUCUGGGUGCUAUGGGAGAUUUGCUUGCUGCUGAGGAGACACUGAAGAAGGUACCAGGACUCCUCAAAAAGAAGAACCACCAAAUAGAGGCAUUUGUCUCUCGAAGGGCAGAGAAAAUCAAAAAGAUGGUGUUGACUCAAGAGUAUUGUCGACUUUUAACACUGGAACUGGUCUUCCUUUGGCAUGCUCUUCCUACCUGUACUCCGACGGAACUCCAACCCUACCUCAAUGUUUGUGACAUGCAGACAGAUAUCAAGUCCUUCCACCUGAAGUGUCUCCUGGAGGGAUCUGUGUUUAAGGAGCUUGGUGAAGAGGAACUAGCCAUCCAGUGUUUAGAGGAGGCCAUAGCCAGACACCAGGGUAUGAAGGACGAUCACCACAUAGCAGCAUUCGCCAACUACGAAUUGGCAUCCAUCUAUAUAAAGAAACCAGAGACUGUGGCAAAGGCCAAAUCCUUACUCCAGUAUAUCAAGGAUACGUACAAAGAUUACGACUUUGAGAACCGCCUGACUGUGAGGAUCAACAAUGCUUUAAGAAAGCUAAAGGAAAACGAACUUUCGGCUUAAAGGAAGGAACUUACCAUGCACCUGUAAACCAGGAAAAUCUUCAUACUUCCUUCCAUACGUUUCUGUUUUACUUGAACAAGUGUGGGUUAGUUAGUUCAUUGGGAGAUGUUGUUCACAGACAUUUUAUAUGGUUGAUAAAGUUGAGAUAAAGAUUGUUAAACACAGCCAAGGUUACUAAGGUUGACUGGCUAGGUUACCCUGACAAUGACUCUACACUAUGUAUAGCGUAACCAUAGAAACCUACUGGGGGGGGGGGGAUCUAUAAUCCUCGGAAUUAGGGGAACAGGAGAGGUAUAGUCCCAUGGAUUUAUCAGCUUCUUGUUAUAGGGAUCAUUGCAAAGGGGGCAGGACAAAUCUAUGGUUAUUGGGAUCCCUGUGAGGGGGCAGGUCAGAUCUAUGGAAGGGUAUGAAGUUUACCUAUUAGUGAUUUUUUAUGCACUAGUAUCAUUUACUCAAGAGUAAAUUUAUAAAUAGAAAAUGUAAAAUAUUGCUAUCUGAUGUCGUUUUAUUUUGAUUGUUAGCUGUUUGCUUUUGUAAAAAGAAAUACUCAAUAAGUUAAAUGAAAAUUUGCAUUUGAGGGAAAUGAAAAUUCAGGUUAAGGAUGUAUGCUAUCAUACUGUAUCCUGCAUCCCAUUUUAAAAGAGUUCUACAUUAAAAGUUUAAGAAGCUUGUAUGAAAUUGGUCAUUUUGAUUUAUUGAUAAAUUGAUAAAGCAUAUGAAAUGUGCAAAAUAAUAUCUCAUGCAUUGAAAACACUAGGGCUAUUAGAGAUUUCUUUUAGGGGGAGAUAACUGUUCCACAAAUCAAAGGUAUAAAGUGAAAGGUAGCAUAUAGCCUUAACUGAUAAAUCUUAUGUCAGCUGAUGUACCAAUCAUAGAGGUCUCCCACCCAAAUUGUUAUUUGUCCCUGUUUGACGUAAAAAGUUAAGGUCUUGUGGCACUUUUGCCAUAGAUUUUGCUAAUUGUGUGUGACUGUCAUGCUGAAAUAUUUUGUUAGGAGUAAUGUUUUCUGCAUGAAUUGUUCAAUGAUUUGUUACAAAAAUGCAGUUAUGAUUUUUGUGAAAUAUUUUUAUUAGGUUUGACAACAUCACAGUAUUAUCCAAUUUUGAAGAUGCCUUUAUUGUUGGUAGAGUAAGAGAAAGUUGAUUGGUUGAGAGCAUUAACAUAUCACCAAUGAGAUCCAUUGUUACAUAAAUAAGGUAUAUCCUGUCAUUUUACAUGACCUUUGACCCAUAUUAUCUGAAUCCAUUAUCAUACUCCAUAUUAAAUUGUCUACCUGGCACUGCAGGCUGACAAGUUGUUUUUUGGAUCAAAAACUUUGCAUUUGAUUACAUGUCCAUCUAGUUAUUGGAUUGACCAUAUAGUAACUUACGGAUCCGCUACAUGCCAACAAGUCACCAAAGAGCAUUGACAAUAUAUUGUAUGACAACAGUAGUUUGUUUUUCCUACAGUGGCUCAAAGCUACUAAAUAUUAAUGCAACUUAUGGUGUGUUAAACGAUGACAAGACACAACACAAAUUUUGUUUCCUCCCAAAGGGCCUAUCCUGGUGAAGAGCCCAGGGCCUGCAUUUAUGAAACCGUUUUCAUGCUCAAACUCAGAUUUUGUGCUGAAAUCCCAUUUUGUGUUCCAGUGAUAAAGUUAUAAGAUUUCACAUUAUGUCAAGAAUUUUCGAGAGACAUUCACUUAAAUAGCAUUUUUAGUGUCAAGACUUGAAUGUUUGACCUAAUAGUGUCUCAUGAUUUACCACAGUAUGUAAGUUACAAGAAAGCUGAUUUGAGCACAGAAUCCAUGCUUAAGCAUAAAAACAGCUUCAUGAACACAGGCUCUGAAGAAUUAUAUGCUGGGAAAGCUAUAAUACUUAAAUCAGAAUGCAGGCUCUGAAAAUCCUUCUUACUGGAGGGUCAACCCCUCCAAAAUGGAAAGCAAUCUGCCAAUUGAAAUGUUGUCAUAGCUAUAGAUUCUCAUUGCCUUUGGUCACAUUGAGAACUGUGAUAAGAUAUAUAUUAUUAUUUAGAUGUUUUUGUAGGUUGUGCUUUUAUACAUACAUAUAUAUAUAUAACCAAGAUAUAUACACCAUUAUUCUGUAGCUAGAGUUGUUCCCCUUAUAUUACUUGAUAAAAGAGGAACUUGUGAGUGCUUUUAUCUAAAACAGCCUAAACGUUUUAGUGCUUGUUACAGCACUUAAGAUACUAUCUAAAACCACCUAUUUAUUGUAAGUAUGACAGAAAGACCGCUGUUUUAAACCACCUAGACCUUUCUAGGGUUUGUGGGGGAGAGACAUUUUAGUGCUUGUUAUAUAUAAUCACUGUUAAAAUACUAUUAGGCGGACCUGCAAAUGUUUAUGCAGGCCUUGCAAGCAUUUGUCAAGGCUGGCCUGAAAGCAGCUUCAGAUUUCUAGGUCCGACCUUAUUUAAUAAACGAACAAUUAUGGUCCGACCGGUUCAACCGUUUAAACGUAAACGGCCAUGGACAUUACUUUGUGUGUAUAGUAUACUGUAGAGUAGCUUCCCUUUGUUUAAAUGCUCAUAUUAAUUGUACGUGUCGUAAUGUUGUUUGGGACCAUAGAACAUGAAGGAGAACAAGGUAUCCUAUAAGAAAAUGAUCAGGGACCAAGAUUUACUGAGUUAUUCAGGUUCAAUUAUAGAUCAGGUAAAAACCAAGUCAUUCUUAUGCUUGCUAUCAAAAUUUGUUUCGACCCAAAGUUUUUUUUAUCAUCAUAUAAAUCAUGCAAAAGAGUGUGGAAUUUUGUAUCAGAGAAAACUAAGAAUUAUGAUGAUUGGCAUAAUUUGAAGGAAAAAAAUUUGGAGAUUGUAAAAUACAAAUUUCCACUUAAGGAUUGAUUCAGGAGCUUAACUAAAAUAAGUCAUUAUUCCAUAUGGAUAUGCUUAUGAGGUGCAUAUUGAUGAAUACAGGGUAAAAUAUUGUAUUUGCUAUGAUGUAGAUGUGCCAUUCUUACCGGUGGUUUUGUCCAAUGUCUUCAUGUCACCGUGGUGUUUUCUGUCAUUUUAGUCUGAGAAUGUAAAUCUGCAGUAAGUUUUGAAUCUUUGGACAAAAAUAAAAAACAAGAAUUCAACUUUGUUACUGAUUCUAUAUGAAGUGUGCUAUAUAACCAUGACUCCCUACUUCAAGAACAAAACAUUAAUUUAUUUGUGAAUAAUAAUCAUGACAACAUGCUUCAAGUCCAAAAUUUGGAUGUAAAAUAUAUCUUAUCCUGACUAAUGAAUAACUUCAUAUUAAAUUCUGUACAACUGUAUGUUGUCUGGUAGUAGAUUAAACGAAUAUGAUGAUGUCAUAUUUUUGUGCUGAAAUAAACAUGACAUGUAAGUAACCGAUGUUUGUGUCAGUUUUGUAAGCAAAUUUCUUGUAUUAACACAACUUACACAAAGCUUUUUGUUAGUUAUAAUUUUUUUUUUUUUUUUUUUUUUCAUCUUGUACAGAUUUGCAGAAUCAUAAUAAGAGUUUAAUGCUAGCUUGAAAAUUACAUAGAAAUAUUAUGAGUUAACUGCUUCAUACUAUAUGCUUCAAUGCCUAAAUUAUCUCCCCUGUUACGCUACCUGCCAACUUAUGCUCUAUCUAUGAGAUACAGUACUGAUCUUGUACCUACUUGUAUAUGUAACAUUAUAUACAUGUAAGUAAUAUCUCUGUCACUGUCGUUAAUAUUGAACCACAUUAAUUUCAACUCUUGUUUUUUGUUUAUAUGUUGAGAUUUGCUAAGGUACCAGUAAUUUACUAACGUGGUAUUAAGUCAUUCAGUGUUUGCUUUGUAUAAGAAUUUUUUGCUUUAGACAAUUUGAGUACUGUGUAUGUACAGCUCACCAGAUGCUAUUACUGAUAUAUACAUAGUGUAUGUAUGUUUGUGAGAAUCAAAAUUGUCUCCCUUUUCAUUUGGUGUACCAAUAUAUUAGUUUUGGUAGCGCGACAGAGACACAGAAAUAUGAUAUGUACGAUACAGUACAGGAGAACUAUACAAUAGUAGAAGAGGAAAUUAUUGCAGUGUGAAAAUGUUUAUGUUUUUGUGUUGAGUAAAUGAAGGUGAAAAUACCUGCGCACGAAAAUUUCCACAUCGUGUACAGUUCCACACACGAAAGUUACCACUUUUAUAGUAUUUGAAAAAGGUUUGAGCAUGAAAACUGUAAUACGAAAUAAAGUAUAAACAUACAUUUAAGAAAACCUAUACAUGAUAAUACACUCCAUACGCUAAAAUAUUUACUAGAAAGCAAUUCAUGUUUCCAUAGCAACAUGAUUUGGCCAGACUGCCUUGGUCAAUCUGGUAUGUGGAUUUCUGGGAAAUAAUUUUCUUCAAAAUUGUAAUUGAAUUUAGUUACAAUACUGCAUACCCUGAAUUUUAAUUUUUGAUUGGUUUUUGAUUUUCAGAAUUACUUGUUAACUUGUGAAAAAUGUAUUGGCAAUUGGUGUAUUUUGUUCUACCAAUGGACUGAUAAAGAUUUUACCAUUUGAAAAACUCCUUUUCCAAGUGAAGUGCAGAACUCUGUUUUGUCCAUAAAUAAUUUUGAUAUUACUGUUCUUCAUUGCUAUACAUAAUGCAACCUUUGUAAAACGAGUUAAUGCUUCAGUGUUUAAUCUGUCUCUGUGUAAGUUCUGGUUAUGUACCCAUCAGUCAUGGUCGUAAUGUUGAAAGCACUGCCUGUAUCAGCUCUCAUGGUUUACCUUGCUAACUACUAACAAACCAUGUUUGACAAACAGAAAAUUUACCAGAUAUCAUUCCACAGCUUGCCUGUUUGGUGCUAUAUCAAUAAAAAUGAAAUUUUCCAUAAGAAAAAAACAAACCAUUUACAUCUUUUUUCAGUUAAAUAAUAAGCUAACAAUUGGAAUCAAACUGAUUGUCCUACCUUAUCGCCCCAGAGUUGCUUAGACCGGGAAUAUUUAAACUGCUAAAUCAAAUUAAACAGGGUAUAUAUUGUAGAUACGUGCUAUUAGAAAUUCAAAUUUCUUAACUUUUUUUAUGGAGGAUAUUGGAACCUUUUAUUCAAGGAGAGUUAUAAGUGAUAUUUUUAAUGUGGGGAAUAAAUAUAUUUAAAACCACCAGUAAGUUCACUUUUUGAACUGAAAGUCUGUAUUGUUUUGAUCUCCAGGGAACUGUGUGUGAUCUCCUCUUUACCACAAAGUUAACACAGGGUACAGCAUUCACCAACCUGAUCUCGCUGCUGUUCCAGGUCUUGGAUCAGAGCACAGCGUUCACCAACCUGAUCUCGCUGCUGUUCCAGGUCUUGGAUCAGAGCACAGCGUUCACCAACCUGAUCUCGCUGCUGUUCCAGGUCUUAGAUCAGAGCACAGCGUUCACAAGUUCAGAUGGCCAUAUCGUUGCCAGUCAUUAUUGUCCUUUCUCAUCAACGCUACAUCCAAAUUUAAAUAUCUUCUUGAUUUUGCAUAUACUUCAUCUGCUGUAUUUAGUAUUCAUUAUCAAAUUCAGCUUCAUGUGAAUUUAUCUUUGUAAAAUAUAUACAAAUAUUUAUACCACAUUGAAAGUUUGCACAAAUUUAUAUACAAUUACCGGUAAAUCAGAUGGUUUCUAGGCACUGUUUUGACAUUUGAAUAUUAUGCAUGUGUUUAUAAUCUGAAAAUUAUAAACUACCAUUCCUUGUAAAUAUUCAUAAGCCUACAUUUUAAUCUCUCAGGCACCAAGAUGGACCAAUUAAAGUUUGUUUUAUGACAGCACUGUUGUAAACUUUCGAUGUCUGAAAUCUGAUUCUGUUAACCAGAUUAUGCAGUGGUACAUAUGUAUUAUCCAUAGACCAACCCAGUUUCAUUUUAAGUUGGCCCCAUCCCCCUUCAAACCAGAUUGCUUGACAUAGUAUGUUUAAUGGGAGGUGAAGGGGAGGAGUAUAUAAAACAGCACGUCUUAAAAAUAAUUCUGAGACGAACCCUCUAACCAGGCCAUGCAUGGAUCUCCUUAUUUCUAUUAUCUGACUUCUAAUAAAGUGAAACUACUUUUUGUUAUAACUGAUCCCACAUAUUAUAUCAUAAUCAUGUAUAUUGUACAUAUCAUAUUAACUACUUCUUUUUAUGAACACCUCUUUUAACCUAAAUGUAUAAAUGUCAUAUUUGAUGAUGAAUUCUGACCCUAAUUUUUGUGUUGUGAUCAAUUUAUUUUAGAGUUUCCCCUUUGUGACCCCAAAAGGCGUACAUGGUUUUACAUUCUCUGUUUUAGGAAAAAACCCUUUCCGGCCUCUAUUUCUAGUGUAGUUUAUUUUCUUAAAUGUGUGUUAUCUGGUCCUCCAUGUAUUUAAGUUGUAUUUAUCUACUCAUACUUAUCAAGUUUUUCUGAAAGUAAUAUUAGAGUGAUCUACUUUGAAUUAAACAGUUCUAAAACAAAAGUUGUUAGUGUGCAAACAGUAUGUCUGUAGAAUUGAUAGAUAUGUGUUGAAUUGAAAGUGAAAAUAUGAUUAAAAGAAAUUCUUAAUCAUGAAA